AUGCAAUCGCAGGAAGUACGGCUUCGACUAAGCGAGGAGCAGGUGCAAACUGCAGCUGACCUUCUGGAGCUUGACAAGGAAGAUCUGAAAGAGCUUGGUCUCAACAUGGUUGAACGGAGACGCGUUCUCCGUUGGGCCUGCAGCCCGUCGCCGAUUGACUUCCUGGAGAGUCUGCAGAGUGCGGACGAUUCGCACAGUGCUGAAGGGCGUCCGCUCCAAGCUGCAGAGCAGGCACUCUGCGAUUUGGAGAUGUGGUUCGCCCUUGCUGAUGCAACCUCUUUUCCGGUUAACAUCCGCCAAAUGAAGGAGUCUUUCAAAGAUGAUCCUCACAAAUUCCGGCAUGUGGAAGGCGAUGCAGCAAAGUCUGCUAUGCCUGAGUAUGACGCGAAGGACUUCUGCAUGCAUGCUCGAAGCAUCAGAGAGAACAUGUUGGACGAGCACUUCGACCUGACAGCAGAGCGGAUCCAGGAGAUUUUCUUGCGUGUCUCCAGCGGGAACGAGAUUCGCACUCCUGAAGAGCUUCUCGAAGGUUUGAGCAAGGUCGGCAUAAACUGCCAAGAUGUCGCGCGUGUGGCCGCACCAUUUCGCCUCAUCAUGGGCCAAAGAAGCAACCGAGGCUUGCAGCCCAUGGAACUGGACGUGAUUCUUUCUAGAUUGAAGCUGGCACAACUUUUGGGGCGCGGAGAAGGCAGCGUCAGUUGGAGUGUUUCCUCUGGUCGAUUCACUGUCGUGGACUACAACAUGCACAGAGCUGCAGUGCAGGAUCUGUUCGGUGAGAAGUUGCUCAGAUUCUUCUUCGGCCAUCGAGCUCAGCAUCCCUCCCCUGACGCUAUUCACCGUUGGAUUCACAUGCGGGGUUGUCACCUUAUAUUGCUGAUGACCCUGAUGGUAAAGUACCGGCUUUCUCCACUUGGCGUGGAGGAUAUUAUUGAGCAAGGCCCAACGAAAGUCGGCGAGCAUGGCAACAACAUCUUUGUUACACUGGACUGGUUGCAAGUCGACCCUGCGUCAUCAAGACAGCGGGACAUAUUUGACGGCUCUGGCCCGGUGCAAAUCAGCUGCUCGUACGUGACUCUCAUAAUUUCUGCACCACAUCGUGCAGACACGUU